CUUAUUGCGACAAGGGCUACGUGUACUAUGGAUGCACGAGGAAUGAGAAGUUCUCGGAGAAGAUCAAUGUCCCCGAACAACCGUCGGAUUGCAAGUGCGAAGAUUCCAAUUAGCGAAUCGAGCGAAAGGUGAAUGAUCUCACUUGAAUUGACAGAAUCGGGAAUCUUCUGAACGCAAACCACUCUUGGAUCAAAGGAGUAGAGGGGAGAAGGUAGAAGAUCAGGAGAAAGGAAAGCGAACAGCACAAUAUACCUGUUCGCAGUGUCUGAAGAGAAUAUCGUGAAAAAGGCUUCAUAAGUAUCAUUUCAGUAUCAAGUUAGUUGCUCAAUUAGUAAGAACACAUGUGCUCUAAUCUGCACAUUUCUAUAUAUAUAACACGCGUUUUAAUACCACAAAAUCUUUCGUUAUUUGUACAUAUAAAAUAAAAAUGAAGAAACAACAUAUUGACGAAGAAAUAGGACUGUGGUCAAAUGUCUGUUCUAACAGUUCAAACGCAAACAGUGGAUGAACAUUUUAAAUUACUCCUUAAAGAUAAUAGUGUGAUUGAUUCAGAAGCGACUGACGUAACAUCCAAUGAUCUUCCAGAUUGGUACAAUGAAAAAUUGUACAAAGAAGCUCAAAACUAUUUUAAACGAAACAUGAUGUCGAUAAUAUCGGCAAGUACAAUAGGACUUAUUAUAGUAUUUUCAGUGGAGACAAUAUUAAAGGUACUCAUAUGCACAAAACGAAGUAAUUCAACUUGCUUGGCUUUUAAAAGAUAUAUAGAAACUAUAUUACAUUUGUAUAAUCUAUUUAUAUGCGAUCCAAAAGAUAGCGACUCCAAGUGGUACAAAUCAAUAAACACCAUUCGUUGGCAUCACAAAAUAGGAUCCAAGAAAUCAAAGAAUGCUAAUAUUGGAGAAAUUUCUCAAAGAGAUAUGGUUCUCACCCAAUACGGUUUCCUCGCAUUUAUCUACAUUGCACCUAAAUCUUUUGGACUAUGCAAUACACCAGAAGAAAACGAGGCAUUUAAUCAUUUGUGGCGUGUAAAUGGCCACAUGUUAGGAAUUUUUGAUAGAUUUAAUGUGUGUCGUAAAAAUGCAAAAGAAACCACUGAAUUAUGUCAAAAAAUCAAAGAUCUAUAUAAAACUUGUUUGAGUAAACCUUCACCUGAGUUUAAUAAUAUAACGUCAUAUGUACUAGAUGCAUUAUGGUACCUUGAUAUCACCGUAAAUAAAGAUGCUUUCAUGGCAUUCACCUAUGAAUUACAUGAUCUCCCAUACAAAAAGCUUGGAUGGUAUAGUUGGUUAAAUAUGAAAUAUCGUGCAGGAAUGUUUUAUCUGUUUCUUGUUCCUUAUGUUGGAGGAAUAGUCAGAACAUGCAAUAAUUAUUUAGUUUUAUUUAUUCUUUGGAAUUCACAACAUUUUCCUCUACUUGCGUGGCUGAAAUUUGGGAAAGAUAAUGUUUGGCUCAAUCUAUAUCCCAAACAUUAAAGCUUAAAAAAGUAUAAAUAAUGUAUGUUUAUACAAAUGAAAUAAAUAUUACUUAAUUUUAACAUUAUUUUUUUAUUAUAUAUGUAUUAAGCCUUCGGUACACGAUUUUUUUUAAUACAUCUUAAUACGUGUCCUGGUUGGCUUGGAUGAUUAUGUCACUAAUCGUAAGCCAAUGAGGAUACGUAGUAAGACGCCUCGUAUGCGAUCUAGCAUGAAAAAUCAUAUCGUGUGCCGAAGGCUUUAGUUUAUACAUAUAUUUAAAAAAUUUUUAUAUAUUUAAAUUUAUUUUUAACUAAUAAAGACAAGCCUUACUCAGGCAUAGCUAA